AUGGCAUCACGUACGGAGAAGUUUGAGCGCAAGCCCAACUCUAAGAAAGAAAAGGAGAAUGAGGUACAGGAAGAGCCCGAGGAGAUAAUACGUUUCUCUCCGGAAGAAGAAGCUUCUCUACUUAAUGAAUCCAAUGCCCGAAAAGCCUCUGCGAACGAGCUCUUUGCGAAAGCGUCAUUUACAGAUGCCAUAGAAACGUACGACCAGGCGUUGGCCACCUGCCCGAAUUACUUAGAUUAUGAAAUCGCGGUGCUGAAGAGCAAUGUUGCGGCGUGUCAUCUCAAGCUCGAGGAUUGGAAGGAAGCUGUGAAUGCUGCCACGGCGGCUUUGGAUAAGUUGGAUAACUUGCAAGGCAAGGGUGAUGGGGGGAAGAAGCCGGAGGGAGAGGACGAGGAUUUGAAGUCCAAGGAAGAAGAUGCAUCAGUCGAGGAGAUUGUUAGUGAGGGUGCCGCAAAUGCAGAGGAUACCUCCGAGAAGGGCAAGAGAGAGUCUGAUAUUGAGAGGAUACGGGCGAAGUCGUUGAUGCGAAGGGCUAGGGGUAGGAGUGAGUUGGGUGGUUGGUCGACUUUGCAAGGCGCCGAAGAAGACUAUCAAACCCUCUCAAAGAUGAAGAAUUUAUCGGCUGCGGAUAGGAAGAUCGUACAGCGACAGCUGGUACUACUGCCGCCACGGACAAAAGCCGCCCAGGAGAGAGAAAUGGGAGAUAUGAUGGACAAGUUGAAGCAGUUGGGCAACGGGAUUCUGAAACCCUUCGGCCUUUCAACAAAUAAUUUCCAGAUGGUCAAGGAUGAGAAGACAGGCGGGUACAGCAUGAACUUCAACCAGGGGGGUGCCCCGGCAGAGAAAUAG